AAACUCUCUCUUUCCCUCUCCUCAAUCUCUCGGAGCAUUUCACUAAAACAAAAAGAUGUGCCAGCUUACAUCCUCUCAUCACUCCUGCAACUGUAAUUCAAACGUUCCUUACCUUCUCUCAAUCAAAGACUCGGGAGGGUCCAACAUUUACAAACCGUUGAUCCCCAAAAGCCCAACACCUAAACAUGAAGAAAAAUGCAACUUAACAAUCCAGACCCAGAAGCUAGACAGGGCCGUUUCUGUCCCUCUUGCUGUCAAGGAAGCCAUUUCCAUAGCUAAGAUAGCUCUUCCUAUGAUACUAACAGGGCUCAUGUUAUACUCCCGGUCAUUAAUUUCCAUGCUCUUUCUAGGGCACCUCGGUGAGCUUGCCUUGGCAGGUGGUUCACUUGCCAUCGGCUUUGCUAAUAUCACCGGUUACUCUAUUCUUUCUGGUCUCGCCAUGGGCAUGGAAUCCAUUUGUGGACAAGCCUUUGGUGCCAGAAAGUAUACCCUUCUGGGAAUCACCUUGCAAAGAACGGUGCUUUUGCUUUUCGUUUCUUCGCUGCCCAUUUCUCUUCUAUGGAUAAACAUGAGGAGAAUACUCAUACUUUGUGGCCAGGAUGAAACUAUAGCCGCAGAAGCACAAUCAUAUCUCAUUUACUCUGUUCCUGACCUCUUAGCUCAGUCUCUUCUGCACCCAUUAAGAAUCUAUCUUAGAACCCAAUCCAUAACUCUACCUCUGACAUCUUGCGCCAUUCUAUCCAUUCUUCUACACAUACCAAUUAAUUACCUUCUUGUAUCACACCUUAAAUUAGGAAUCAAGGGAAUUGCUCUUAGCGGGGUAUGGACUAACGUUAAUCUUGUAGGCUCAUUAAUAAUCUAUAUUCUCUACUUUGGAGUCCACAAAAAGACAUGGGAAGGGUUUUCAAUGGAGUGCUUUAAAGAAUGGAAAUCUCUGUUGAAUUUAGCCAUUCCAAGCUGCAUUUCAGUCUGCCUUGAAUGGUGGUGGUACGAGAUCAUGAUUCUUCUAUGCGGUUUGUUGUUAAACCCCAGAGCUACUGUUGCUUCAAUGGGCAUUUUGAUUCAAACAACAGCUCUAAUCUACAUAUUCCCAUCUUCUCUAAGCUUCAGUGUAUCAACCAGAGUUGGAAAUGAACUCGGUGCAAACCAGCCCAAAAAGGCCAAACUCGCCGCCUCUGUAGGCCUUUAUUGUGGCUUCAUGCUGGGCUUUUCAGCACUUGUUGCUGCGGUAAUGGUUAGGAACGUAUGGGCUAGCAUGUUUACAGAUGAUAAAGAGAUCAUAGCAUUAACUUCUCUUGUUUUGCCUAUAAUCGGGUUAUGUGAGCUUGGAAACUGCCCACAAACUACAGGUUGUGGAGUGCUAAGAGGCACAGCCAGGCCAAAAGAGGGAGCAAACAUAAACCUUGGUUGCUUUUACCUUGUUGGUAUGCCGGUGGCAGUAUGGCUAGCUUUUUUCGCAGGAUUUGAUUUCAAGGGAUUGUGGCUUGGAAUGUUGGCAGCCCAAGGCUCAUGUAUGCUGACCAUGAUGGUGGUUUUGAUUAGGACUGAUUGGGAUUUUGAGGCUGAAAGAGCUAAGGAGCUGACAGGAGCUGUAGUGGUGGUUGAUGACAGCAAAGAAGUUGAGCAAGAGAAGCCACGCAAAGCAGAAAUCAAGGAGGAUUCUAUUUCUUUAUCGGCCGAUUUUGAUCAUUAUUGCCUCGUUUAAUUAAUUUUUUUCCCUUUUUUUGAGUUUUUUCUAACCUGCUACCUGUUUAGCUUAAGGCCAAGGGAGGGAGAAAAGAGGGAAGUUCUUUAAUUUUUGUUUCCUACAAGGGGCAAAACUGUCUUUUAGACCUUAUUUGCUACUUCCAUUGAAAUUCAAUAAUAGACAAAAUGACCAGUAAAAAGUUGAAUGUCAUGGGAAGUAGCAAAAAAUAUCACUAAGUAUGUUGCCACCCACCUUUCUCUGUAUUGUACCCUGUUUCUAGAGUUGUACACCGAACUAGUAGCCAAUUUGAUUCAAAGUCUAAUAUGGUUUUAUUUAUUUAUUUGAUUCUUGACUAAGAAGACAAUAGUUCAUUCUAUGUU